CCGUGACCAUCCCCUGCCAGAUUGGAUCUCGCUUGACAUUUAAACUGUUGUAAUUCGUGAAACGAGACGAACGUGUGUCAACAUCGGUUCGUAACGAGCUCACUUGGAUUUUAUAGUUUCUCCAUGCUGUUCGUGCCGCGUUUACGUCCCCCUUUUAUGACGUUUCGAGUGCGAUUAACCCUCGACUGACAACUGUUUCGAUUCUCAAGGAACAGGUCUCUUCGAGUGUUCAUUUUACGAUUUUUACUUACAACUGUUCUUCGAUGACCGCGUCGUAAAGUGCCAGGAUUAUUAAAUUCUCAGUGUCGUCCUUUGUGUCGAAGAUCGAAGAUUAUUACCCAUAAAUCGUUGGUACCUUGGAUAUUUGGAUACUUCGAUUAAUUCCUCGUUCAUCGAAAUAAUUUGUCAGUGUAUUCUAAGAGUGACAGUGUUACUGUUUCAAGGAUACCAUUUUGUAAAAGUGAAGUUCGAACGCGAACAAUCCUCGAGGAUGCAUUAAAAUGUUGUCUUCCUCGAUCUCCGGAACACCCUUCAGCGUCCGCGAUAUUCUCAGCGAGGAUCAGCAACUCGGCAUCAUGGAUUGCUACCCUCCGCCUCAUCAUCAACACCAGAUCCAACAGCAACACAUGCCUCAGGACUAUUACGGUUACAAUAUCGUGCCGGAGAACAAUUGGGAUGUGGAGAAAUUCAAAGAACAAUCGAUGCCGAAUUAUCCUCAUUACCCGGACUUGAGUCAUGUUCACCAGUUGACUCAGAUGUCUCAACCGUAUCCAGAAUCGUCGGUUACAGAGGAUGGUAACGUAGUUACUUCGAGCAAGACGGAGCUGAGGAAGAGCCAGUCUGGGAAGAGGACCAAGCGGAAGCCAAGGGUGCUGUUCUCACAGACACAAGUUUAUGAAUUGGAGCAACGAUUCAAGCAGCAAAGGUACCUAAGUGCCCCAGAAAGAGAGCUCCUAGCCCAGACGUUAAAACUAACCAGCACCCAGGUGAAGAUCUGGUUCCAAAAUCGCCGAUACAAGAACAAAAGAGCCAGAUUGGAAGACGCGGAGAAACUACAAGCCCAAAAUAUGAAAAAUCAAUCCCUGAAGAAAAUCCACGUGCCAGUAUUAAUUAAAGACGGAAAGCCAAAUUUGCAAGAGCCCUACAACCCUCCUUAUUGGUCAAACAUCAGGCCAGAUUUGAGCGUUUCCAUGCAACCGGACUUCAGGAUGAACGAUAUUCGUCUCAGUUCUGAAUUCAGGCCGACGAAUGGCGACGCGAACAUAAGUCCCGAGUUCAAACCGGAAAUAACCCCCGAGCUGUGCGGAAAAUCGAACUUGAACAGCGAAAUGCAAACCUACCCUCGACCUAGUGUUCACGAUUGUCACAGACAGAUCAAGACGGAAUAUAAGGCGAACGAAAAUGGCAACGAGGUGUCGCCAUUUCCGGAUCUGAAGAACAUCCCGACGGAUACGAAACCGAUGAUCUGCGACGGAAGACCGAUAAUGGACGUGACCAGCAGCGACUAUGGGUACUCGAAUUAUCUGGGACCAGCUAAUUAUCAGAUGCAAUACGUAAAUUACAUGGAACAGGUGCCCAUGGAUCAAAAUUUGCAGCGACUAUGGUAGGGUCCAAAAAUUUGGUACCUCUGAACUCUUGUGUCGAUAAUUCAAUGUUCGUUAUAUUCUUUAGAAAUUUUUACAUUCAUAUCCUUCUCAUUUAUAUAAAAAUCAUGAAUGUGCAAAUUGUUUCAAUUAAAUGAAAUUGUCAAUGUUUGAGAUUUCAUCAGUUGUGAUUAAUAAUAUCAGAAAUUUAAUAUCGUAUUAAUAAGCUACUAUCAUAAAUUUUCCCAAAAAAGUACAAUUUAUAGCUGGAAAUCUCAAAUAUUUGAAUUAUGAAAGGGAGAGCGACGUUACCAAAGCAGGUAGCCAAAGAAUAAUCAUUUAAGGUGUAACUUUUAAUCAUCGCGAUUCGAUAGCUUUAAGUUCGAGAUAGUUAGAAGUUAAGGCCGAUUGGCAGCUGUGUUUUAUAUAUAUAUAUUUUUUUGUUUUCUCUCUUUUAGUUAGAUAAGUUACCCUCUUCGAAAUAGUAACGCACCGCUCAAGAGGCCCGAACGGAAAUUGCUUCAA